UUUGAACUUUGUAGGUCGUGAGCAGCGUUUUCGCCCUGCGCCCUCCCACUUUGUGGCGCGCACACCAGGAUUUGCAUACAGAGGAGUAGAGCGCCCGCCUCCCUCAAGAGUUUGGUUUUCCUUUCCAAGCAGUACGUUUCUGACCAGACUUUGCUCGGCAGAGGUGGAAGUUAAACUCGGGUGGAUCGACUCCUCCGCCCAGCCAGCGCUGACAGACCUGCUCUGUUUUAUCCCGCUGUGCGUUUUCCCCACUUCAGCUGUCGCUCCGUCGGUUUUGUGACGUUCUGGGCCGAUCCAUCAAGAUGUCUCAGAUGAACAAGAAAACGAUCACGACGACGACCAGCUUCAGGAAUCUACAGGCCUCUCCGGAGCCGAUGGUGACAAGGCUUGUCUCCCCCAGCCCUGUGUUCUCCGGGAGCUCCGUGUCGUCGGUGACACCGAUGUCUCAGGUGUCCGCGGUGCCGUACGCGGUAAACGGCGCCAGCUAUGGGUCGUUGCGGUACCUGGUCCCUGUGCAGCAGCAGCAGCAGCAGUCCUUCGUCCUGAUGCAGCAGCCUAUGAUGCAGCAGCCUGUGAUGCAGCAGGUGGUGUCCCCGAUGUACCUGCAGAAUAUGCAACAGCUGAGCAUCAGCAACCAAAACGACUACAUGUACCAGGAUCUCAGCAUGACAGAGAGCACCAGCAGGAAGUCUUCAUCUGUGUUCAGCCAUUCAACCAGUCCUAUCAAGAGCCCUGCGACAAGUGUUGAGGAGGAGGUUGAAUUGGAGGUAGAAGAGGAGGAGGAAGAGGAGGAAGGGGAUGCUGUAGAAGUGGAGGAGGUGGAGAUUGUUAAUGUCAUACAGUCGAAACCACCUCCAGUGAUAGAGAAGAUCUCAAGGAGGGAGGUGAGGACUGAGUUGAAGGAGAUACCAGAGCCAACAAAGCUGGACACACGUUACUUCGGCGAGCUGCUGGCUGAUGUCUACAGGAAGAACUGCGACAUCCACUCCUACAUCUCCGAGCAUGUGUCCAAGAUCCGUGGACAGAAACACCAGAUGGAUUUGGGAAAAGAUUCCACGGUGGAUAAAGAGGAGGUGGAGUCUUUGAUUCCAAAAGGAGCUACUGAACUGACCAAGCAACAAAUGCGCUACCUGCUACAGACUCGUCUCACUGCAGAUAAGAGCAUGCGUCUGCUGCUGUCCACCUUCAACAGUUUGAGAGAGGAGCUCAUGCACAUGUCGGAGGACCUGCGGCGUCUGGAGAGUGAGAAGGACUCUUUGGAGAGAGAUCUGAGUUUCAAAACAGACCAGGCUCGGCAGUAUGACUCCCUCCUGGCGACCGUCCGAGAAAACAACAGACAGCUCCAGCUGUCUCUGAAGGAAUCCCAGGCCGCCCAGCGUUCACUGGAGAGCCAGAUCAUGAGCAAACAAAGUAGCGACUCGAAUCGUGACUUCAAGCUGAAAGAGAUGGAAGCAAGAAUGAAAGCAAUGGAGAAUGAGAACAAGAUGCUCCGACAGAAGCUGGCUGGACAAGGUAGCAGCUCCACCUUUCAGAUCAAAACAGACGAAUUAUCCCGUCAGUACAAUGAGCAGCUCAGCACCUUGACUCGAGAGAAAGAUCGGGAGAUCGAGAGGCUGAGGACCCAGAUAACAAGGAUUCAGACAGAGGUCACCACUGACAGGUCGUCCUCAGAGAAGAGUCUUCAACUGAAGAUCACAGAGCUUCUCACCAUGUUGGAGCAGCAGAAGACCACCAUCUCCAAACAAGAGGAGGAGAUCAGAAGGCUGAUGCAGGACAGGAACAGCAGCUCCAAGAAUGUCACUAAGACCAUCAUCACCAAAAGGUACAGGAACCAGUACCCGAUCCUUGGUCUGCUCAGUGAUGAUUACCAGGUCACCUCACCUGUCAAAGAAGACAAGACCAUCGUCAUCGAGAGAAGUGGACAGAUGAUCAAACAGGAAAUCAUUACAACCCCUUAAAGACACACUGCUUCUCUCCGACAGGAAUGAACUAUGACCAACCAGAAGAUCCAGAUGUCACCCCUAUUCCCCUGCAUGCUCCUCCCCCUCCCCUCAGGGCUCCCAGGGAUGGUGGUGGUUGAAAUCCCCUUCUUUGCCCCUAAAUUUGGGAUCUUUGCUUUGACCAAAUUGUUUGGGGUGACAAUUUUAUCAAAAUUUUCAUUUUUUUUCCUUGUAACUAAUAAAAAGGGAAUUAAUAAUCUACUAAUCACAGGCCAAAUCUGAUCAGAUGAUGCUACAGCCAGUUAUGGAUUGAGGCACGGGUAAAAAGAGUCACGACAACUGGGAACACGCUGAGAUUAGAGUUGAACUGUCCGACGUGGAUGGACGCUUCCUCUCUUUUCUCACCUUUAUAACCUCAUUCUGCUGGAUUCACUAAAUUUAACAUUCAGUCUUAUUUGGUUUGACUCUGCACUUUAGCACAUUAAUACAAAGCACUCAAUGGAAUCACUAAACAAGUGAUUCUGCAAUAUACUGCAAUACAGUCAUCUGUGAUACCUCACAAAGUUGGUAUUUAAAGAAGAAAUGGGAAAGAUUGUACACUAUGACCUGAAAUUUAAAAUCUUUCAGGCUUAGUCUGAUAUACAAGAAUAUUCACAGGAGAUUGUAUUGUGAUAUAUUGCUCUGUUGAUGAUUAUCUGUCCCAUCUCUACCUAGCUGGGGCAAGAUAAGUUUGGAUUUGGUUCCACGUGGAUGUUUGUCUUCCCAUGCUGUAAAAUUCUUGGAUGGAAAUAGUUUAAGUUUUGUUUCUAAGGAAGUAAUAUUCUUAUUUAUUUCCCAUUUUCUUUCUAGAGGAAGGAGAUUGUUUGAAAUAUAUAUACUUUAUAUGCUCUCUGUUCAGUUUAUUAAGCCUACCUGUGCAUCCUCAUGCAUCAUAGUACAACGUGUCCGUUUUUGUUCAUUCUUUGAACUGGCUGCACUAGACAGAUAUACCUAAUAAAGUGACUUCAGUAUUCUUAACUGUGAACACUAUGAAUAAGCUUUUCUAGAAAAGCUCUCCUGACAGACGUUUGCAAAUCUAUGCUUCUGUCUAAACACGAGAAGUUGUAAAAGAAACUGUCAAAUCUGCUUAAUUACCUUUGAAAUCACUAAAUGUCAAAAGAUUGGAUCAAUGAGACAAGAAGUCUGCAGCUAACCGAAGGAAAACAAUGCACCGCUGUGGAACCAAAUGCUAAGUACCAAAGUGUCAGCCUCCAGUUGUCACCGAUGUGUGUUUUGCCAAGACUGGUACCAUGUAGCAUGUAGCAUGUAGCAUGCAAUCCUCCUCAAAGCCACCACAGCCAUUCUUGCCCAGGGGACGAGGAAGUGGAUGCAUUUCUAUGACUGCUACUCUGCAUGUAAAUAUUUGUGUAUAUUUGUAAGCUGGGCGUGCUUAGUGUAUGAUCUCUCCAGUGCGCGUGUGGAAUAAUCCCCCUCUGCACUGUGGUUCUCAUGAUCAUUUAACAAACGUUCUUAACGGGUAGUUUACUUCUGUUUAGUGCUAAGUGACUGGUUUUUUUUGUUCAGUGCAUUUUACUUUAUUUGUAAGUUUUCUAUGACUCAGAGGUGAAUGGGUUCACAUGUAGCUUUCAUGUGCGAUCUCGGGUUCGGGGUGUGUGAUGCCUCACAUUCGUGUGAGAAAAUUCAGGCUUGAUUGGACGCCUCCGGGUGCGAAGCAUCACAUUGGGCGGGAGGGUGGGAGGGGAAUAUAGCUGGAACUGAAGCAUGAUUUUGGGAAGGGGGGGUGUUAAGAUGGUGCAAGAAGAUUUAAAGCACAAUAUCAUAUAAACUUUAUGCCCGAGUCUGUUUCUGUUUCAGCUUCUUUUUUCUACUCUUCUUACAUAAAAGCAGAAGGCUUUGUGUCUACUGGGUAGCACUCAUACCCCUUUUCCACCGAUGCAGGUGCCCAGUCUAUAGCCAGUUCCGUGUGUUUCUACCAAGAAAAGACCAGUGCCCAUGCCAAAAAACCUGGCAUCAGAACGGCACCACAAAAUUUCCCGGCCGAGAGUUGGGAUCACUGACAUCAGUGGUGUGGGAGGGGCUACCACAAGAAAAUGAAGAAUGAUUGGUAGGUACAGUCCACAGUUUCUGGCUGCCAUGAUUUUCUUAAAAUAGAACUUACCUCAACUCCCUGACACUACAUAGUCGGUCCUAAAACCUGUUGCAUUGUGGUGCUGAAGACAGAACUGGCUCAACACUAUUACUGGCACCAGUAUCAGAUGGUGUUAAAGAGGUAUUGAAGGCACUGUAGCCUGCUUUACUGGCUCAUCAGCAGCUUGUGGUUUACAUGAAAUAGAACACUGAAACUACUGACUUUAAACUGAGGCUGUGUAUUUGUUACUGCGCCACAAGCUUAAAAAAAUAUCUGCUAAUAACCGAAUGUCUGGGUUGGAUGGUAAUAAAUUAUAUUAAGGGCAAAUGUAUUUGCAGAACUCAAAAGAAAAUUCAGAAUUUUAAAUGUAUGAUUUUAAAGUAAUUAAACAGUUUUUGGAUUAGAUUUGUUUUUCUGUUUUGAAUUUAUUGUAAGACAGUUCUAAUGAAAAAAAAACAACUUCCAUACAAAGUUAAUUUUCAACAUAAUCUGACCCAAAAUGAUGAAAGCAUAGAGAAGGUCCAGUUAUUGUUUUCAUCCUCUUUUUAAAAAACAACCACCAAUCCGUGAUUGUCUACUAAACCUGCUUAUGUUGUCGUUGAUUUGUAUUGUAGUAUACUGAUGCUGAUGAUGGGGUAUAAAAUACAGUUAAUGAUUGUUUGUAAGUGAUAUAGACAACAGUGAAGUAAUAUUACAAGAUCUUUGUAAAACAAUGUGUAGUUCUUCCUUUAAAGAACAGCACAAACUGGCUACAACCCGAAUAGAAAGACGUGAGAGGUAAAAGUGAUGGUGACGCCUCGACUGGCAGCUUUAUUUAAAUGCAUUUAAAUCAACUCCAGUGCUCGAGAGCUACUUUUCCUUUUUUUUACCCCAACACAGCUGAAUCAAAUGAUUGGAUUAUCUCUUCAGCAUGCCAUCAAGUUUGGCAAAGGCCUGGUAACAAGCCAUUCAUUUGAUUCAGGUGUGUCGGAACAAGGAUGCAUCUAAAAGCUGCAGGACAGUAGCUCUCCAGGACUGGAGUUGGACACCCCUGAUUUCCUUUCAGUGUUACAAGCAAAACAGCAGUCUUGACCAUUAGCAGUGAAAAGUGGCUUUAUGCAGAGCUGUAGAAAUAAAAGCAUUUUCUUCUCUUUGAUCUUUGUUCUUUGGCCAGUCUCAAAUAUGACUUCUACUUUACAAUCUACUGUGCUGAAAACUGAAGUCACCGCUUUGACAAGUCGAGACGCAUGUUUUACGGGUGCCAUUCAAUAAAACAUUUCUUGAAUAUGAUGAAGGCAAGCUGAGGAGCUGUGAGACACACGUUUCCUUAAUUCUGAUACUUGACUUCUUGCUCAUUUGGGUACUGAGGUUCUCAUAUCUGUUCUGUUCUGGUUGGAGCUGGUUUGUGCUCUUCUAUGAAAGUCCAGCACACACAUAUUGGAGUAUUUUAUUGCAAGGAAUAACUGAUGAGGUUUAGUUUGUGUAUUUUCAAUAUUUUGAGGGAAUCAUCAACCCCCAAAUGCUCCUAGCUGUAUUUGGUGCUUAUGUAUCGAGCGCACCAGUUUUCGUUGUGGUAAAAUGCAAUGCAAAGCAGGUUUUGUACUGAUCAGUAAGGCUUUUAACAAAGUGAACUUAAAACAGGGAGUGUAAUGUCCCACUGGAACACCACAGUGAAUAAAUGAGCUCCUGCAUACCUGUAUAUUCUAUUAAAUGUCACAAAUUAAUAAUGAUUAUAUUGAUAUAUCAGACCAAUUUAUCUAUAAAUUGAAAACAUCUCCAUUUCUGAGUCCAAACUUUAAAGAAGUUCUGAAGUAGUACUAACCCAAAUUAAGUACGGCUCCUCUUGGUUUGCUGCUAAGUAAUUUUACUGAUCACCUGUUUUGCUGUCCCUCUAGUGCAGAGGUGCCUCGAACUCUUGAGGCCUGGAGUUCCCCACCUCUGCUCUAGUGUGUACAGGACUUGCAGCGUAUAAACUGUACUACAGUCUCUGACUAUUACAUAUUACAUAUUCCUCUCUUUCUGUCUCCUUGAUUGUAUAUUUCUGCAGUUUAUCGUGUCAAAAACAUGUACAGAUUUUUUUUUUUGCUGUGAUGUGGUCUCAAUGAGUUUCACACUGAACUGAAUUCCUAACUAUUUUAGUGUGUGCAACACAUUCGGGUACUAUAACUGGUUUUACAGGCUGCAGCUCUGAUUUAUAGCCUACUGAAAAAAACGCAAAGCCUCACACAGUGUCAACCACACUGCAAAAACACUCCUUGCACUAAACAUCUGAUUGACUCUAAAGACAGAAGAGUCGCCCAGUGGACACUCAGCUGCAUUUCUGCAGGAAGCCUGUAAAACGAUUUUUGACUUUGUGGAACCUGAAGUGCCUUAAUGUGUUUACCAUGUUAGCUACACGGAUCAUUUUAAACUUUGUGGUAACGGCUCUCUGAUCGCCAAACGAGGUGCCUUCAUUUGCUUGCUAUCCUGAUUAAACCCUGCCUUUCUUUUCCAGCAAAGGAUCAUCUGUGUGUUGAGCUAAAUUAAUUGGUUGUAGCUAAUAUGCAAAAAGAUCUAAAUGUCUAAAUAUAUUUUCAUAUGCAAACUGUUUUCUUUAUUUUUUCAUUCCGAGAGAAUUUGCCUCAGUCCUGUUUCAGCUGAGAUGGAUUGCAAUUAAAACGAGUAAUAUAUCUUUGAA